CUGAUUGGUUAGCGAAUCAAACGGUGGAGACUCGGGAUGAAAGAGUCCGCAGUCGCCUCCUCACAGAAAUGUCUGCCUGCCGGCUUGGAAAAGUGUUUCCCAAGACAAGCAUCCUGUUCUUGUGUGAUAUGCAGGAGACAUUCCGGCCGAACAUAAGCUACUGUAACAUCAGCUACUUCCCUCAGAUUGUAUCUGUGGCAGCUCGAAUGCUGAAGGUUGCCAAAGCGCUUGAAAUCCCGACGGUGGUGACUGAGCAGUACCCCAAAGGGCUGGGUCCAACGGUGCCGGAGCUAGGGGCCGAAGAACUUCGGAAAUACCCCAAGACGUGUUUCAGCAUGAUCAUCCCAGAGGUGGAGAAGGAGAUGGCUGCUGUCCCCAACCUCCAGUCCGUGCUGCUGUGCGGCAUUGAGACGCAGGCCUGCAUCAUGAGCACAGCGCUGGAUGUGAUGGAGCGAGGACUGGAUGUUCACGUGGUGGUGGACGCUUGCUCUUCUCGCAGCCAAGUGGACAGGAUUGUGGCCUUGUCUAGGUUACGUCAGAGCGGUGCUUUCCUUACGACCAGCGAAGGUCUGAUCCUGCAGCUGGUCAGAGAUGCUGCUCACCCCCGUUUCCGAGAGAUCCAGAAGCUGAUAAUGGACCCUGCCCCGGACAGCGGCCUCCUUCCCUUCCUGACGGCCCCCAGCCCCCGGAUUUGACCUAGGUCGACUGCUCCGGGAAGACGAGAGGGCCCUCUUCCUUGAAAGCGUCCCAGUCCUUUGGUUCCUCCAGCCAAUGCCUCCUUUUGGGUAGGAGGGAAGGGAAUAGAGACUAGGAGCUGCUACUUUAUUUUUUGAACAGGAAGAAGAUACUGGGGUCAAAGCCAGCCUGAAAACCCUGCCCCCUGAUUCCAGACCGGUGGGGCCUUCCUGUGGGUUUUCAUUGUGAGGGAUUGCUUUGUAUACCUUCAGGAUUUCUUUUUUGCACGUUGUCGUCUGUGUCCUGCUGUUUUAAAGUGGCUCCCAGGUCUCGCUGUUAUGCGAGAGGAAGGAGGUUUUCUAUAAGGAAGGGAAGACGCCGUCAAGAACGUUAUUGGUGUCUUCGGACAGAUCUGUGCCUGGUAAUGAAGCUGUAUGCAGAGGAAGGGGUUUUUGAUUUUGUAGCAGGCCCCAGAUUCUUCAGUCAGAGAACAC